AUGUCUGCGAAAGAAGAGACAAUAAUGGAGGAGGAACGCGUGAGAUUCAUAUGCAAAAGAACCGUGGUGAGCACUAAACAGGUUGAGCCAGGGCAAUUAUACCGGUUAUCAGUACUCGACCACGUGAUGGAACCGAACCACAUCCGUCUAGUAUACUACUACCGAUGUUCCAAGACUAGAGAACCGGGAGAAAUUACAAAAAAACUAAGGGAAUCAUUAGCAUACACCCUCAAUUGUUAUCCGAUAAUAACCGGAAGAUUGGUUAAGGAAAUUGAUGGUACGGAUGAGAAGAAUGAACUAAACCGGCAGUGGAAGGUGAAGAGCAACGAUUCAGGCAUGAGGAUGGUGGAGGCGAGAGCGACCGGGACGGUUGAGGAAUGGCUUAGGAAUGUAAAUAGGGAGGAAGAGCUUAAGCUUGUACAUUGGGAGGACAUAUAUCAUGAUCUUCCUUAUUAUUGGUCAACCUUUUAUGUUCAGGUGACUGAGUUUGAAAGUGGUGGGUUAGCUAUUGGAUUAAGUUGUAGCCAUCUCUUAGCCGAUUCAGUUUGUGCAAUGAUGUUUAUCCGAGCUUGGGCAGAUUUAACCCUGACUCGAAACAUGAUGGCUCCACCACUUUUCCACUCGUUGCCUCCUCGCCGGUUCGCUAACCACAGACUGAUCGCUAAUAAUAACCAACUGCUUAGCCAUUACAUCAAAUCUUGCGCUCUAACGGCUACACCGUCAAACGUGGCCAAGGACCGUAUGGUCACCGUUACUCUUUUGUUCCCCGAUCCGUUGGUUCGAGCUCGCAACAACGAGCCAGGGGUUUCAGCCUUUGAGAUUUUGGCUGGAGUCUUUUGGGUCUGUGUGAGUCUAGCGAAAGGGAAGAGAAACGAGUUCAUGGACAUGUCACUGUGCGUAGACGUUAGGAAACUAUUGCGUUUAGACCAGAGUUAUUUUGGUAAUUGCAUGGUUUAUCACAAGGUUCACUAUUCCAAACCGGUUAAAACCAAAGAUAGAUUAUUAUCAUUAUCUCACGCUGUUCAAGAGAUUCAUAAGACAACCAAGAGACUAGACUACGACACGGUCAUGGACUUGAUCGAGUGGCUCAGUAGCAAUAAUAGCAAUCCAAUAUCCAACGGUUCAGAUCUCGUGUGUGCUAAUCUAGAGAACAUGGCGAGUUCGCGUCCCAUGAUGUUCGAGGAAGAUUUGAUCUUGAGCCACGUGUCUUGUUAUGUUGAAGGGCCCGUAGCUGGAGGUGGCCAGUUCAUAGUGCUUCCGUCACCGUCUUGCGAGGGACCAAUGAGCCGAGUGGUUAUGGUCAGUCUUCCUUCAAGGGAGAUGGUUAAGGUUUUAGAUGAUGAUCUUCUUCUAAGUUUUGCUCCGGUUCUACUAAUGGAUUAUACAAAACAAACAUAUUAA